AUGGCUCGCGCUUCUGCCGGCAUCGGGGCGCCGGACGCCCGCCCCGAGGAGGACUCGUGCUUCAUCCCGUCGUCAUUCGACAUGGACCGCGACAUGCUUGAGUGGGAGCAGACGACGGCCAUCGCCUGGGCGCCGGAUCUGGGUGCGGCGCCUCCUCCGAUCCCCUGCUCCCCCCCUGCUGCUGCACCCGCCCUGGGGUGCACGCCGGCGUCCGUCUCCCCUGCGCGUGCGACGCGCUCGUCGGGCGGAUCUGGCGAUUUUGUCCUGGAUUCGGCCCCCUUGCCUGCUGGCAUUGAUGAGGAGGGCGAGUUCGUUCCAGGCUCGGCCACUCCGUCCCCCCAGGCUUUGUUGGGGCUUCCCCCUCCUCUGCGCGCAUUCAAGUCUCCGCGGCCGCGCCGGACGCCUUCAAUGCGGCCACCCGCCUCCGCUCCAUCAUCACCAUCCCCCUCGCCCAUCCCGGCUCGUCAAUGCGGCGUCAGGAGGCGUCCUUGCGCCGCGGCCUGUCCCGUCCGCUCCUCGGGAGGAGGAGGGCUGGACUUUCGUGCAGCGGCAGCGCCGCCCUCGACGGGACGUGCCUUCAAGCCGGGCGUCUGCCGUCCCGUCCCAUCCCGCGCCGGGCGGCCUCGACGAGCAACGCCGAGCCAAUUUCAUCCGCUUCAAAAAGCGCACGGAGGGGCGCUGCUCUCGCUGUCUCGCCCCCAAACACCACGGCUCGUCUGCCUGUCUCGACCCUGUGCGCUGCCUCUCCUGCAACCUCUCGGGCCACAUCAAGCGCUGCUACCCCCUGCGGCGUGCGUCAAAGCAGCGUCCGGCCUCCCCGCCUGCAGCCCCUCCACUGCGCCGCUCACCCGCCGCUUCGGGUGCGCGUUCCUGGGCUGA